CUCCCUCACCCUUUCCUCACUGUGGGUUCCCUUUGCAGGACUCCUUGCUUGUGUGGAAGAUGUCCUGCUCCAGCCUGUGUGCCCCUGCCUGUGGGGUGGCCGCCCCGGCCCCACUGGCUGACAGCUACAACGAGCCCUGCGUGCGCCAGUGCCCCGACUCCACCGUGGUGAUCCAACCCCCGGCCUCCGUGGUCACCUUCCCUGGGCCCAUCCUCAGCUCCUUCCCGCAGAGCUCCGUGGUUGGCUCAGCAGGAGUGCCCGCCGUUGGAUCUGGCUUGGGUGGCACCUUUGGACGUAGUGCCGGCUUUGGGGGCUAUGGAGGCCUGGGAGGCUAUGGAGGCUCUUAUGGCCUUGGGGGCUUUGGGGGCUAUGGAAGCUUUGGCAGCUGUGGAUACGGUGGCUUGCGCCGAGGUCUGGGAUACCUCAGCGGCAGCUGCGGGCCCUGCUAAGCACAGCACUGCCUCUGUCUGCGGUUGAAGGAGAGCUCUGGAGAAGCCCCAGCUCAUCCCCACCAGAUGCCAUGAGGAAUGGCUCCCCUUCAGCAUUGCUGAGUCCGGGAUUCAAUUCCUCAUGCUUGCAUGGGGACCGGCUCAGCCUUCCUCUGCUCCCCUUGAUCUUCACUUCAGUGUUCUCUGCCCCAUGAUUACGCAGCCCUGUGCUGGCUCCCUGCUCCUUUCCCUCUGCCCUCUGCAAGAAGAUGGGGACAGCCUCUGGCCGGGGGCUGCCCAUUUUACAUCUUCCUCCUCCUCCCCGGACCUGCAAUAAAAGCUCCCUUACACUGCAUUCUUGAACUUGAUGUUUUUAUCUUCCUUCUCCUUACCCCACAUCUCAGAACCUACAAGUGUGUGCUGUGAGCGGCUCCCACAGUAUUGCCACUGCCACAUUAGGCCGUUGGGGCAGUCCAUUACAGCUGAGGAUCACCAGUGCACAGAUGGUCCUGCAGAGCCCAUUCCACUGAGUCCUCCCUUCUCGCAAUGCGCGUAAUGACACCUCACAAACAAACCUCACUUCAGUAUGUUAACACUCAAUGGACAUCCCACAGAACCUCUACCACACCCUCUUGCCAUCCAGGGCUCUCCAUGCCUUGAUCACCUUCUUUUCCUGCCAUGGCAGUGUUCACACGUAGAGGUCAGAGGAAAUUUGGAAACAAGCAGUGCACGGACAGUGUUGUUGCCAUCUGCUGACAGUGCCCCCAUGCCCCACUCCUGGAGGGGACAGUGGGGCUAGCCAUGAAUGGAGCACAACCAUCCUGUCCCAGGGAGCACAAAGGUCUUGAG